AUGGCGACUGCAGAGAUGAGUCUGCCUGACAAGAAGCCUGAACACGAGUCGGGAUACUACGAAGGCAGCGAUCAGGAGGGCAGCAUGGAGUGCGGGUGCCCUUCUCCCGUCAGCUCGAGGAACUCCUCACAUUCGACCAAACUGAAACAUCGGCACAGUGCCCACAAACAGAAGAAGGUGCCGACUAAGAAGUUGAAGACCGAACAGCCCAUGAAUGGUCAUAGUAAUAUCCAUAAAGACAAAAGUGUUGAAAUAGUUGAAUAUGCAGUGGUAAAGGACAAAAUUAAUAAAAUUGAAGAAGAAGUACCAGUACCUGGGCCAAGUAAACGGAGUAGUUCUGUUGAACUGAUUGGUGGAACAGUGCCUGCCCCUGCAAGGGACUCUGUUGAUUGGAAUCUAGUAGAAGCUAGUAAAAUUAGGAAAAGAGGCAAAGUUAAUCUAAACGGCGCUUCUAAGGUGGACAUAUCCCAUUUCGAUUUGCUCAAAGUACUCGGCACUGGAGCUUACGGCAAAGUGUUCCUAGUUAGAAAAAGAUGUGGCGUGGACGAAGGCAAGCUAUACGCAAUGAAGGUGCUUAAAAAAGCUUCAAUAGUCCAAAAGUUGAAGACAGCAGAACACACGCGGACGGAACGACAGGUCUUAGAAGCAGUCAGGGCGUGUCCUUUCCUCGUCACAUUGCAUUACGCUUUCCAAACGGAUGCUAAAUUACAUCUUAUACUUGAUUAUGUUGCCGGCGGAGAACUAUUCACACACCUGUACCAACGAGAACAUUUCCAUGAAAACGAAGUUAGGAUAUACAUUGCGGAGAUCAUAUUAGCAUUGGAGCAGUUACAUAAGCUCGGUAUAAUAUACCGCGACAUCAAGUUAGAAAAUAUUCUUCUAGACGCAGAAGGCCACAUAGUCCUUACAGAUUUUGGACUUUCAAAAGAAUUUUGUGGUGGAGAAAGUAGAGCGUACAGCUUUUGUGGCACCAUAGAAUAUAUGGCGCCAGAAGUGGUUCGGAGUGGCAGCCAAGGGCAUGAUAUCGCGGUAGAUUGGUGGUCAGUGGGUGUUCUCACAUACGAGCUUCUGACUGGCGCAUCACCCUUCACGGUGGAAGGCGAGAAAAACACGCAGCAAGAGAUAACCAAACGUAUUGUAAGAUGCAGCUACCCCGUCCCCAACGAUGUCAGUCCUGAAGUGCAGGACUUUAUUAAGAAAUUAUUAGUAAAAGACCCACGUCGUCGUCUCGGCGGCGGUGAAGGCGAUGCUGAUGAACUUAAGAGGCACCCCUUCUUCCAGAAUCUCGACUGGGAUGCUGUGUCCCGCAGAGAGAUACAGGCGCCCUUCGUGCCGCAACUCUCUCAUGCGGCAGACACUUGCAACUUCGCAGACGAAUUCACUAGGAUGCCCCCCACGGAUUCACCCGCUCAAGCCCCGAAGCACCAUGAUAAACUGUUUCUGGGUUAUUCGUACGUCGCUCCUAGCAUAUUGUUCUCUGAGAACAUUAUAUCAGAUCAGAUAUGGAUGCAGGCGACCGGACAAAAACAGGACAAAUUAAAGGGAUGGGCCGUCAAAGACUCACCGUUUUUCCAAAAAUAUGCAGUGGAUCUCAGUACACCGUUGUUAGGGGAUGGCUCGUACGCUGUAUGCAGGAAGUGCAUACAUAGGGCCACCGGCAAGGAAUUCGCUGUUAAGAUAAUACUAUCGCAGAAGAAAGACGUCAAGCAAGAGAUAGAGUUGCUAAGAGUGUGUCAGGGGUGUCCCUAUAUCAUCGUCUUACACGAAGUGUUUUUUGAUUCGGCCUUUACAUACAUAGUGACCGAACUCGCAAUAGGCGGCGAAUUGUCCACCGCGCUGGGCUCGGGGGGUGCCGGGGGUGGUGGGGGUGCGGGCGAGCGCGUGGCGCGGCGUCUGCUGGUGCAGCUGGCGCUCGCGGUCCGCCACAUGCACGCGAGGCGCGUCGUGCAUAGAGAUCUUAAGUUGGAGAACAUCCUCCUGAGCAGCACUCGGCUACACGAGGCCAAAGUGAAGGUGGUGGACUUCGGGUUCGCGCGGCGCCUGCCCGAGUGCCACGAGCGGGACAGGAUGAUGACGCCUUGCUUCAGCCUGCCGUACGCCGCGCCGGAGGUGGUGUCGCGCGCGCGCACCGGCGCCGCGCCCGGCUACGGGCCCGCCUGCGACCUGUGGAGCCUCGGCGUCAUAUACUACUGCUUAUUGAGUGGGAAAGCCCCUUUCCAACCUACGUCCAAGAAAGAGCCGGUCACUGCCUACAUGGAUAGAAUUAGAAGUGGCAGUUUUACUAUGGAAGGUCCAAUAUGGGAUAGCAUAUCUGAGGAAAGUAAAAAAAUUGUGACCAAUCUUCUAACAGUCGAGCCUUCGAACAGAUGGACGGUCACUGAACUGCUACAAUCUCUGGGCGUGAGCUGUCAGGAUGGAAAUAACUUUAAAUUACAGGACAUGACCAAAGCAGAUCUUUACAAGCGUCGUAGCAAAAACAAGCAGAGAAAAUCUAGCACGUCAGAGCCCGGCACAUCCACACAAAGCGACACGCCGAUGGACACAGAAGAUAAUAAAGAAGCAUACCUGUACGAAACUAUAAACAACCUCAAGAAUAGAAUGAACAAGAAUUCCAUAGAGAAUGAUGUGGAACUAAUCAAAGCUAACACCCAAGAUACUCCUGUCAACGAAAGUGAUGAACCUAUCUAUGAAAACGAUGACGUACCACCAGUCAAGCCCGUAGAGAAAACCUAUGCUAAAUCUAGGUCUAAACUUGACGAAUACAUUUAUAUAGAAAGUAGUCAAGGCCUAGAGGGCACAGAAGUAGCGUUCCCUAAAACCAACAGGAAAAAGAAAGAGUCCCAAUCACCCGUACCGAGGAAACGCAGAAAAAUUGACACCAGGUCCAAGAAAGUUAGUGAGACCAAAACACCUGAAAAACGUGGUAGGGGUAGACCCAAGAAACAACCGGACACAGAUGAUACUAAAACUAGAACAACCAAAGAGUCUAUCGAAAAUGAUAAAACUAUUGUCACAAGAGCGACGAGAAAACGGCGACACGAGGAAAUCGAAAAACCGGUGUUAAGGGAGAAGGGACAAAAUGGCCGACAGUUGCGAAAGAAUAGCGAAAAAGUUGAAACACGCAAAAUUGCCAGACCGAAGCGCAAGGCCGAUAGUAAGUUAGCUACGAAUUUAGAAAUAGAAACACAAAAUGUUAGAAUGACACGUUCUAGAAGGAGGAGGCUGGAAAUUAGUUUGUCACCGUCCGAAGUGAAAAGCGUUAUUCCGGCGUUCUCCUUCGAAUCUGAACGACGUGUCAACUCGAUUGAAAGCAACCGAUCGAAAACUUCUAAUACCAAAGGUAAGAAAAAUAUAAAAAAAACACAGAGUAAAGCAAAGAAACCACCUGUUCGCAAAACUAGGGCUCGCGCUAACCGCAGG